AUGAAAUUCAGUGUAGUAGCUACUAUUGCUGGAAUGGCGAUAUUCGUAUUGGCAGCUCCGUCGCGUGCUGUUGUCUCGUUCACUCGGUCGCUUGAAGUGGAGAAAAAGUAUGAAGUUCAAAAUGAGCAACAGAACACUCAAAACGAGGAGAGAGUUCUUGCUGACGAUGGACUUAAGGAAACUGCGAGCAAUGGCUGGAACGCUCUGUUUGGGGGCAAGAAGCUAAGAGCUCUUGCAUACAGACUUGAAGCAGCCGACAUGAUUGAUAAUGGAUACGUAGAUGAGGACGAGGAACUACUUGCUUCUGGAGGUAGACGUCGAGCUCUUGCUUUUGGAGGUAGACGUCGUCGUUAA